CAGUAGAAAUGCUUUAGGGCUUUUCUUCUUGCUCUUUAUGUUCUGAGUUCAAAUCCCAGAGGUCAACUUUACCUUUCAUCCUUCUGAAUUUAUCUUUUAGCUGUUUCGGUUAUUUGACUGAGGCCAUGCUGGGCACUGCCUUGAAGAAAGAAAAGAUAAAAAUGAUGGGCGGUGGUAGUGGUGGUGGUGUUGAGAAAAAUGUAGGGUUGGUAUCUAGCUUCAAUAACUUAUAAUCAAAAUUUGAAGGGCCUACAAUGGCCUGGUGAGGGUCAAAAAUGUGAUGAUGUUGUUGGGAGAAAGAUAGAGGACCACCAUGGAUCAUUUAUUCACACAUAUAGCUUCAACAAUAGACGUCUCCCUUUGCAUCGCCCCCUCCCCAACCAGCAACGACAGCGGUCAUCUGACAUGCUAGAAAUAGUAACCAAGUCUCCUUCAUAGCACACCCUACUUUCUUAUACAUGUAUGAACCGAUAUGAGUGGCUAGAUCUGAUAGAAACACCACUACUACCACCGUCAAAACUACCACCACAAAUAAUAAUGGUUUCAAAUUUUGCCACAAGGGCAGCCAUUUGGAGGAGGGAUGUGUCGAUCAUAUGGACCCCAGUGUUCAGCUGGUACUUAUCAGCCCAAAAGAAUGAAAGGCAAAGUCGACCUCAGUGGAAUUUGAACUCUGAACGUAGCGAUGGGCGAAAUACCGAUUUCUUUAUUACCCACAAGGGGCUAAACACAGAUGGGACAAUACACACAUGCGGAGACAAUUAACACAUGAUAGAAUGGAACAAUGAAAUUAAACAAUAAUGAUGGGACGGCCACCUUUGGGUGGAAUUUGAGCUCAGUACAUAGAAACGGACGAAAUGCUCCUUAUCAUUUUAUCCGGCGCACUAACGUUGGUGUUGAUGGUAGAAUUGAUGGUGGUGGUGAUGUUAGUAUUGGUAUUAUUAUUUGUGGCGGAAAGGCGGCGAACUGGCAGAAUCAUUGAUAUUACCCCCAUCACUUCUAUCUCCAAAACUACCAUCACCACCUUUUCCACCGCCACCACCAUUACCACUACUACCACCAUCACCACUACUACCACCAUCAACACUUAUUAACACUACUACCCCUCACCACCGACAGCAACACGAUGACGACAACCAUCACCACUAUCAUCACCAUGACUGCCGCCUCUGCCGCCGCCGCCAACAGCAGUAGCAAAGCAAGAACAAGCACCAUAAAUGGAACCAUAAAUUUUCUUACAGUGAAUCUAGCUCAACACAGCGCAAUACCUUUCCGUCUGUCUCCGGCACUUUCCGUUACACGAAGAACGAAACCCCUCUUAUUCUUGCCCCCCCCCCCAGAAUACAUUGGUUAUUAAUAGAACGUUCUCAAGUAAAGAUAUUUGCAGAUUCAUGUGGCGUUAUGUGUUUACUGAUUUCUUGGAAUAUGUCAGUGAAUCUUUGGCCCAAGAAGGAACUGGGUCAGAAGAUGUCAAUAGUAACAGCAACAACAACAGCCACAAUGGCAUCAGUGAUAGGGACAGUGGAGGAGGUCGUGAAGAAGUAAAAUACGAAGAUGAAAAUGACUUUGAGGAGGAGGAAGAGGAGGAAGAGGAGGUUGAAGGUAAAGAUGUGGAUGAAAGAAAAAGCACUUAUUACUCUGAGGAUGAUGAGGAACUCUUGGAAGGUUGGUCAGCAAUCCCUGACAUAAUUCUAGAAGAUAUUUUGUCACUGCUUUCUCCAAAAUACCGGCACCAAUGUUCCAUGGUCUGCCGACGCUGGUACAGAUAUUUUUACUCAGCCAGGGUAUGGGAGGCAUUUACUCUCAAUGACCGAUCUUUCACUCGGAAGAAAUUUAAUUUGUAUUUAGGUUACCAACAUGAGAGUGAUCCCAGGAAGGUGCAGCUGUGUUUGGCCCGGGUUGGCUCUUUCUUCAAAAGCAUCAUCAUCCCACCCAUCAAAGAUUACUUCAACCUGUAUGAGUUUCUGCGAGUUUUGGGUUACUUCCUCAACUUCUUCGAUAAUUAUCCAAUGCCACACCUUAAAACUUUUCAUUUCACCUUCCACUGCGAGUUUUGGGAACACAGUGGAGUCAGCAUCCAUGGAACUGGUGGAGACAUUUUGGACAAGAUGAAGAAAGUGAUUGGCAGUAUGAAGAAUAUGAAGGAGAUUCAUUUGGCCAACCUGAUGUUGGACAUGAAAGAUGCCAGUGACUUCAUCGAUCCGAUCUACAAAGUGAGUGGAGAUUCACUGCAGACACUGAGUUUGGUUAAUUGCACCAAUGAUGUUUUCCCAUUCCCAAUGAUUGCACAGAUGUCUGCACUGCAAAAGCUGGUCAUCUCAUCAAAUAACAUCGAUGAUGAGAGUGUCCUGUUGUUUGCUGGGACACAGCUAACUGAGAUUCAAAUUGUUGAAGACCACCUCACACCAUCCAGCAUACCAAUCUCACCAGCGACAUGGAGCUUCUUGCUUGAAAUGAUCCCUUAUAUCCGAGUGGUGCUGAGGACACUUGGUCGACUUAGGCGAGAUAUGAUGCAGCAGCCUGGAGCACCAGUGUACUCAGUCAUCCAUGAGAAUCCACGCAGCCAGUUAAGGCCAGCUGUUGCUAUGCAAAUUGCAGACCUGUAUCAUAAAAACCUUGAACUCUUUGCUCAACUUAAGUUGCCCCGAGUACAUGGCUCACGUUCGUUCACUGAACGGAUUGAUUCUAACCUGCUGAUGAUGGUCAAGAGUUGUCCAAAAUUGCACACACUCAUCAUCAAGGAAAGACUUUCCACAGCUUCUCUUCUCCUUUUGGUCCACGAAGCAAAGAACCUCAAGAAACUCUAUGUUCGUAAGAACGCUUUGCUACGAAAGUAUGAUUGGCCUCGGUUACCUGAGUGGUCAGACAGCUUUUACAAAUGGCUGAAACGAACUUCGUAUGACAUAAACUCUCUUGAAGACUACAUAUCUGAGGUUCUAGAUUACCGAUGGCACCCCUUAACUGAUAAACAAUUUAAGCUUUUGUCUUUGAUGUGACAAAAGCUUCACCUCAGCCUCGUCCUCCUUCCCAAACUUUCAAAUAAAAAUAGAUAUAUAUUUAUGUAAAUAAAAUCUCAUUCUUAUAUAUUA